AUUGAGCAUCACAAAAUGCUUUAUUUAAAGGGCAAGGAGCCUUAGUUUUCCAUGAAGAUAGAGCUAGCCAUGGCUUCGACGUUGAAACUAAUGCUCUUCUUACUCUUCUCCAUCUACACCUUCUCCCCGGUCUCAAGCCACGAGCACCACCCGCUAGACUCUCUAACCCCAUCCGAGUUCACCCUGGUUCGAACCAUAGUCAAGAAGUCAUACCCCAGCCCUAACCACAACCUAACCUUCCAGUACAUAGGUUUGGACGAGCCAGACAAAUCCACCGUCCUCUCAUGGCUAUCAAACCCCGCCUCCAAACCCCCACCUCGCCGGGCCCUCGUCAUCACACGCCUGGAGAAACAAUCCCACGAGAUUAUGGUGGACUUAUCCACCCGUUCGAUAGUCUCCGAUAAAGUUUACAAUGGACACGGCUACCCUUUGCUUACCUCUGACGAACAAGUUGCUGCAACGGAAUUGCCGAAAACAUACAAGCCCUUUAUCGAAUCCAUGAAUAAGAGGAGCCUGAUCUUAUCAGAUGUCGUUUGCUCCACUUAUUCAGUUGGGUGGUUCGGAGAGGUGAAGAGUAAGAGGGUGUUGAAGCUGCUGUGCUUCUAUACAGAUGGGACGGUUAAUCUGUAUUUGAGACCCUUGGAGGGAAUAACGUUGGUGGUUGACCUGGAUGAGAUGAAGAUUGUUGAAUACUACGAUAGGUUCAUUGUCCCGGUGCCAAAAGCUGAGGGUACAGACUACCGGGCUUCCAAGCAGACGCCGCCGUUCGGUCCGCGUUUACACGGUGCAGCCUUCGUGCAACCCGAAGGACCAGGAUUUAAGAUUGACGGGCAUACUGUCAGUUGGGCCAACUGGGUCUUCCACCUAGGAUUCGACGUUCGAGCUGGUCCAAUAAUUUCUCUAGCCUCAAUACACGACCCUGAGAAGCAGGCAUAUCGGCGGGUGCUAUACAGAGGAUUUAUAUCCGAGCUGUUUGUGCCUUACAUGGACCCAUCCGAGGAAUGGUACUACAAAACCUUUUUCGAUUCCGGCGAAUUUGGGUUCGGUCAAUCUGCGGUGUCGCUCGAGCCCUAUGCCGAUUGCCCUUCCAAUGCAGUAUUUCUGGACGCAUAUUAUGCCGCGGCGGAUGGUACGCCUGUGAAAAUGCCAAACACCUUUUGUAUAUUCGAGCGUUAUGGGGGAGACAUAAUGUGGCGUCACACAGAAUUGGGGAUUCCACACGAAGUUAUAAGAGAAGUUAGGUCAGAGGUGAGCCUAGUGGUGAGGAUGGUCGCAACAGUGGGUAACUAUGACUACGUUCUUGAUUGGCAGUUCAUGCCCAGCGGCUCCAUUAAAUUCGGGGUUGGGCUAACAGGAGUGUUAGAAGUAAAGGCUGCAACAUACACUCACACAGAUGAGAUAAAGGAGGAUAUCCACGGCACCUUGCUAACAGAGAACACGAUAGGCGUCUACCACGACCACUUUUUGACGUACUAUCUCGACCUCGACGUGGAUGGUAAGGACAACUCCUUCGUGAAGAACAAUUUGGAGACAACCCGAGUGAAAGACCGUAGCUCACCAAGGAAGAGUUAUUGGACAAUUGUGAGUGAGACGGCUAAAACUGAAUUCGAUGCUCGAAUUCAGCUGGGGUUGAAGGCUUCUGAGCUAGUAGUGGUGAAUCCCAACAAGAAAACCAGACUCGGGAACAACGUUGGUUAUCGGCUAAUUCCAGGGCCGGUGACACACCCUCUUCUGUCGUACGAUGAUUACCCACAAAUCCGGGGAGCCUUCACUAAUAAUGACGUGUGGGUCACGCCCUAUAACAAGUCAGAAAAAUGGGCAGGAGGACUAUACGUUGAUCAGAGCCGAGGAGAUGAUACCUUAGCAGUUUGGAGCCUCAGGAAUAGGAAGAUUGAAAACAAGGAUAUAGUGUUAUGGUACACCAUUGGAUUUCAUCAUGUCCCUUGCCAGGAAGAUUUCCCAGUGAUGCCGACAUUGAGCGGUGGGUUCGAACUCCGGCCGACCAAUUUCUUUGAGAGCAAUCCAGUCCUUAAAACAAGAUCUACGACUAGUCACGUACACUGGCCUAACUGCACCACCCGACCGUAGGAUUAUAUUCUGCCGUUUAUUAUCAUAAUAUAAGAAAUGAAUCCAAUAAAAGAUAAAAAUUUAGAUACUAGCAAAGAGGCCAUAUGUUGACUGUGAUGAGUAAGGCGACGUAUCACUAUUGUGUUUUUUUUUUUUUUUGUCUCUUUAAAAUUGAUGUGGCUCUUAAAAUUAUCAUUGGAUCAAAAUCUAAUAGUAGUCUAUCAUAAAUUUAAUGGUGUUUUAAGAGCCAUAUUAAUUUUGGGGAGACAAAAAGAAACAUAAGGGUGAUACGUAGCAUUACUCGACUGUGACAGUAUUAUGAAAGUAGAAUUCAGAAGACUUUGGCAUGACGUCUCACAAGCACAAAUUAUAUGAAACUCUUGUAGUUAUCUUUGUUGUAUCUUAUCUUAGAAUAGUCGUAGCUUAAUUAAAUAAGGAGUGUUAUAGUUAUAUUUAUAAGCCAGAGACUUUUAAUUAUUUGUAAUACCAUGGUGCAGAAGU